CCCGCUGCCGGUUUGCUCGCCGGACCCAUCGGACCCCGCGAGUUGAAUGAAGUGGCGCGAGGCGGCGAGCUGAUCCCAUGUGGCGCGCGCUGCUGGGACUCGCCGCACUCGCCGGAGCGAAGCAGGACGCGCUGCAGGUCUUCCUGGGCGAGCUCCAAAGGAAGCUCUCCGACGAAGUGUCAGAGGCACAGCAUUGGCAGCAGCAGAGGCAUGAGUGGUGCCAAAGCACCUUGAGCCUUCUGGCGCAGGAGGGCCAACGUGGCGAAGGUGUGGUGGAAGAGUUGCGCCAGUCCCUCGCCAAGUGGGACGCUGCUCCGCGCGAAGAUGGCCGGAGCAGCUUCGUGCAGCUUCGACAGGCCACCGAGCUGCAGGAGCUGCAAGAGCGCUUGAGGCUGCGAGGCGCCAGCAGCUCGGCCCAGCACCGCUUCACCGAGGCCCUGAGGAGAGACUGCGCGGCCGCCUUCGAACAGAGUGAAGUGCGGCACAAGGCCGUCGAAGAGGAGCUCGAGCUUUUGCAGAGCUCGGCAGAGGCCUUGCAAGCCUCCGAGGCCUUGCAUGGCAUUGAUCAGUCCCCUCUGGUGAAGGUGAGCUUCUUGCAAGUGGGCAGCAACCAGGACCGCGGAAAGGCUGAGUUGCCCGACUUCCUGUCCCUCUUCAGGGCCCCUGAGGAGGCCCCAGAGGAAGGGUCGCCCGAAGCUGCCAGGUCCGAGCCCGAGGCGACCGAAGACGAACGACCCAAAGUGCUGGACCUGAUGGCGAAGCUUCACAAGGAGCACAUGGCCAGGAGCUCCCAGGAUGCCUCCUGGUGCAAAGAGGAGCUCCAGCGGCAGCGCCGCGCGCUGGAGGCCGCGCAGGGCGCCCAGCGGAGCUUCGCAGCCGAGGCCGAGGAGCAGCGGCGCCGGCAGGCGGCGCUCGAUGCGGAGCUUGUUCAGCUCCAGCACGCGGACGGCGUCGCCCAGCAGGCCUUAGAGCGGCUUCAGCACGACGUGGCGAACAGCACUCAGGUUCUGCUCGUGCUCCAGAAGGACCGGCGCUUAGCCGCUCAGGUCCUCAAGAAGGCCUUGGCCGAGCAGCGCCUGGAGGGUCCGAGACCGCGGUCCGACCCGGCAGAGACGGCGGUGCGCUACCUCACGGCCGCGGCCCAGUCCUUUGAGCAAGCGGCCGUGGCACCGCCCGCGCCAGGCGACGCCGAGACGUCCUCGCCUCCGGUCACGCUCCGCGGCGCCGAGCUCCGCCGUGCGCUCCAGGCGGAGCGGCAGGCGCUGCAGCUGCAGCGCGACCGCCGCCAGCGCGCUUUGCGCCGGGCGGAGGAGCUGUCGAACCUCUCGGCAGCGCAGGCGACGUCGCUGGAGCAGGAGCUGCGAGGCUUGGAUGGAUGUGGCUCCAGCAGCUCCGAAUGGAAGGCGGAGGUCCGGGCGCUGCAGGAUGCCGAGCGGGUCUUCGCCGGGGAGCCGAUUUCGGUGCCGCGCCCGCGUCGUGCCAUCCGUGGCGCCGCUCCGCUGUCGCGCAUGGAGGCGGCGGCUGAAGCUUUGGGCGUGUCCAUCAGUUGAGCUGGGCCGAGCUUCGCGACGGCUGAGCUUUGGAACGUCCAACCAAAAUGCGGUGGUGCGAAAGGC